AGGGCAAGCAAACCAAAGACUGGAUCAAAACUUGUCAUCGUCGUGCCCUGCGGUAACCCGCCGCCAGCCCUCAUCUACGUGUGGCAGGGCGCCCUCAUAAUGGAGGAAGACGCCGUCAUGGAGGGCGACGGCCCCUUGCCAGUCAAUGGCGACUCAAACGAUUACCCCAACGCCAGGGAUAUCGCAUCAGGCUUCAACGACGAUCAGAUGCAGCUCCAGUUCGGGGAGGACGAGGAUGGCGAGAUGCAGCUCCACCUGGAAGACGAUGGCGACAACGAGCUGGAGCUGUACAACCCGCGGGACUACCCCGAAGAUCUGCGCCGCCGCGGUCUGCUGCCGACGGGCUGCUGCUACGACGACCGCAUGAAGCUCCACGCCAACGCCGACUUUGGCGCCGGUCCACACCACCCAGAGGACCCGUCCAGGAUCGAGGCCAUCUUCAAGACGUUCAAGCAGGCGGGGCUCGUCUUUACCGGGACGGAUUCCGAGCUGAUCGACAUCAUAGCAAACAGGCCGUCGUCCUACAUGUGGCGCAUCCCCGCGCGCGAGGCCACAAAGGAGGAGAUUUGUCUGGUCCACUACGCAAAGCACUACGACUGGGUCAAGGAGCUGUCGACAAAACCGACGGCCGAGCUGCGGAGGCUCACAAAGGAGCUGGACAAGGGCCAGACGAGCGUCUACGUGGGCAGUUUGACGUUUGAGGCUUCGCUCAUCUCGGCCGGGGGCGCCAUCGAGACGUGCAAGAGCGUCGUGUCCGGACAGAUCAAGAACGGGUUUGCCGUCAUCAGGCCGCCGGGCCACCACGCCGAACAGGACUCGGCCAUGGGGUUCUGCAUUUUCAACAAUGUACCGAUCGCUGCCAAGGUGUGCCAGGCGGAAUAUCCAGAAAUCUGUCAAAAGGUUUUGAUAUUGGACUGGGACGUACACCACGGCAACGGGAUUCAAAACGUAUUCUACGAAGACCCCAACGUGCUCUACAUAUCCCUCCACGUCUACAAGAACGGCGAGUUCUACCCUGGGAAACCCGAAAACCCCAUGACUGCCGACGGCAGCAUCAGCUCCUGCGGUUCCGGGCCGGGACUGGGACGGAAUAUCAACAUCGGCUGGGACGACCAGGGAAUGGGCGACGGCGAGUACAUGGCGGCGUUUCAAAAGAUCAUCAUGCCGAUUGCACACGAAUUCAACCCGGAUCUGGUCAUCAUCUCGGCCGGCUUCGACGCGGCCGCGGGCGACCAGCUCGGCGGCUGCUUCGUGACCCCGCAGUGCUACGCCCACAUGACGCACAUGCUCAUGUCUCUGGCGCACGGCCGCGUAGCCGUCUGCCUGGAGGGCGGCUACAACCUGUCGGCAAUCUCCAAGUCGGCCCUCGCCGUGGCCAGGACCUUGAUGGGCGAGCCGCCCCCUAAGAUGGACAUGGCCAGCCCCAAGAUCAACAGGGAGGCGGCGCGGCUCCUGGCGCAGGUCCAAGCGUACCAGGCGCCGUACUGGGAGUGCAUGCGGCCCGGCGUCGUCGACGUCGAGUACGAGCAGCGGCUCGGGUCCGAGCGGCUUCACGACGUGAUCCGGCAGGCUCAGAAGUGGAAGCUGAGCAAGGACUUUGGGAUGCUGCCGCUCUACAUACAGCGGGAGAAUGCGUACAAGAGCUUUGAGAACCAGGUGCUCGUCACGCCUAGGAUACACUUGGCGAGGAAGAUUAUGGUGAUUAUACACGAUGCACCCGAGCUGCUCGCACAGCCGGACCCGUUGGACAAUCACUUGGAUCCUCACAAUGCUUGGGUGAACGACGGUGUAUACCAGUACAUCAGCUGGGCAGUCAAGGAAAAGUUUGGCGUCAUCGACAUAAACGUUCCGCAAUACAUUACAAGGCCAGAGGACACCGACGCGCACACCCGCGCGACAGACGAGCGCGAGCUCCACAGGCAAAUCCUCGAAAUCACCACCUUCAUCUGGGAUAACUACCUGCAGCUGUACGACGAGGCCGAGGACAUAUUCCUGGUCGGGGUCGGGGCGGCGUACCUGGGGAUCAAGACGCUCCUCAUCAACCGCGAGUGCAAGCGGCGCAUCUCGGGCGUCGUCUCGUUCGUCACGGGCAACCUGCGGCCCGUCAAGUCGGACGUGGAUCCAGACCUGUCGACCUGGUACCGCGACAACUCGCGCAUCUACGUCGGCUCCGACCACGCCUGCUGGCUCGACAACGACCUCACUCGCAAGGUCAACAAGCGCCGCUUCGGCGCCGUCAAGCGGAGCCCCGUCACGGGCCUCGCUCGCAUGAUGCGCGAGCACGCGCAGGACGCCCAGGCUUGGAUCCGCAGCCGCAUCACGACGCCCGAGGACGGCGGCGAUACGACCGAUGAGGAUGAAGGAGGGAGGGAGUAG